AUGAAGAAGAUUCACAGUGUACCAGAGAAGUAUGUCUUAGAUCGAUGGCGGAAGGACUUGAAAAGGAGAUACACACUGGUCAAAAGUAGCUACGAUGACAUGCGGCAAAAUGCAGACGCACGAAGGUAUGAGCUUGUUGUGAAACGAUGUCUAAAAUUAGCAACCCGUGUAUCCCAGCAUGAUGACCAUGUGAAUGCAUUCAUGUGCCAUUUGGAUGAUUUUGAGAAUAACUUUAAGGGAUUACCACUUGAAUCUGGUUCAACUAAGGUCAGAGAAAACGUGGCAGUGGACAACGACAAGAAAAUAUUAAGCCCACACCUUGUUCGAGGGAAAGGGAGGCCUCCAUCGAAAAGGAAGGUUCCACCUGUGGAGAAGGCUGCAAGCAAACGAAGAAAGAAACAGAUUUGCAGGAAAAUAUUUGAUGAUGAAUCACAACAUAGUGAGGUAUCAGAAGCUCAAGCUAGUGCUAAAGCGGAUCAACUUGGUUCUAAUGUUGAUGAUAUUCUUGUUGAAACACAAUGUAGUACAGUUACACAACCAACACCAUUGGGCACCAAUGAGGUCGCGGUUGUGCCUUAA